AGGGGUACUGAAAUGCUUGUGCUGUGAUGGACUAAGGACGCUGAAAUGCAUGGUGCCUAUGAAAAAUGAAAUUAAAAAUGAAUUCGUUAUGAACGUGUUGUAGAAUGAUUUAUUCUGGGUAGGUGAAUUAGGCGAUUUGGUUUUCCCGCCGGUGUUCGUCUUGCUCUCGCAGUUUACGCGCAGCGAACGAAACUUCAGAUUGCAGAUUGAACGAACUGAACCGGGAGUACUUCAAACAUUAGUAAAUAAACCAAAUUGGUUGCUAGGCAGCGAAAUUGUUGACAAUGUCAUUUAGGCUUUUUGGCCGUAGAUUAGCAACUGUUGUGACGUAUCGUCAUUUAGCACAUCCUCUGUGUUACUGUUCACUUCUUCAUGUAUCGUUUCCGUUUGUCAAUGUCCAGAAAGCAACUGUUAAUCCAAGCAACCGGAAUAUUUUAAUUUCUGAAUAUUCUAAUGAAAGUAGUGCAAUUUCUGGAAAUCUAACACUUGCAGACUAUGAACGUAUUAGCGAGGAUACUCUUGAAACGUUGACAGAGUAUUUUGAAGAGUUAGUAGAAGAAGGAGCUCAUCUGAAUAGCCCAGAUGUAAUUUAUGGAGAUGGUGUCUUGACUGUACAGUUUGGAGAACCAUAUGGAACUUAUGUAAUUAAUAGGCAAUCACCUAACCUCCAGAUUUGGUUGUCAUCUCCUACAAGUGGACCAAAACGUUAUGAUUUUCUUGAUGGCCAUUGGGUUUAUCGACAUGAUGGAGUAUCACUUCAUGAUUUGUUAAAUGAGGAAAUUUCAAAAAUCUUGCAGCAAUCUGUGGACUUCAAACGUUGCUCUUACAGUAAGCCAGAGAAACAAAAAUGAAUAUUGUUUUUAAUUUCAAAUUGGAAUAUAGUUUCUGUGUGUGAAACUCCAAGGCAAAUCAAACCUCAGAUAUUUACAAUGAUGGCUUUGUUGUUGGAAGUAUUGAAGGUCAAAUUUUAGUGAACAAAGGUCCUGAACUUGACAUGGUGUUGGUACUGGAGGAAUCUUACAGUUGAAAUACAAGAUAAUGAAGUAUUGAUUUCAUAAAUUUUUAAGUCUGCAUUCUGUUUCUUAAAAACUCCAAUCAUGGAGAUUAUGGAAGAUGGAAACUUGAUGGAUAGGGUACGGAUCUUACUACAACGUGAUCUUGAAUACUAUGAAGCUCAUCAGGCAGUAUUACAAGAAAAUUUGUGUCCUGAGGUUGUCGGUGGUAUGCUUGAUUUUCCACAUUAUGCAAGUUUUGCUGCUGUCAAACUGGCCUUGUGGUGGGAAGAGGCUUGGGAAGCUGCAUUUCAGCGACCGUCGGGAUUGCUUGCAUUGGGUGCUGAUGAUGCUGAAGAUUUCUCUGAUGAUGGUAGGGACUGUUAUUUCUGAGUACUUAAUGCACCAGUAAUCAAGUUCUGCACUGUUUUGUAUGGCUAUUUUGUAAAAAUUUCAGAAUGAAAAAUGGCCUUCAAGAAAAGCGAACAAAUGUAGUUUAAUUUUAAUAAUCACCGAGUUAUUUAUUCACUAAUUGAGUUGUGCAUGAUGAUUAUAGCAUGGAAACAUAUAUCAAUCUUAAAGAAUGGAAAUGUUUUAGAAUGUGAAUGUACAAUGUUGUUGAGAAAUAUUACAUUGUUGAAUAAAAAGCCUGAUAUGUUACAAUGUUAUUCUUUAUUUGCAAUAGCAUUGUUGAGUAAUUUUAUUUGAAAAGUCAAGUAUCACUUCAUUUUUAAAUCAUUAGUGGAGUUAUUGAGAAAUAAAUGAUAUAUGCCUUUUUUAAUACAUAAAAUGUAUUUUGACAAUUUUUUUUGUGGUAGGUACAUGGACAGCACCCAGUAAAUAAACAUAAUCAGAAUAGUCACCCAAAUCACAUCAGUUCAAAGCUUUAUAAAUCUAUGUUAAUUAGAAUUGUCGUAUUUUAUUUUAUUACAUACUUUUGUGCAAAAUGAUUUGCAUGGGUGACAUGCCUCCAAAAUCCAAAAUUUGUUUCCUUAGAAGUUUAUGUCCUCUGAAUUUCAUCAGGCUAAGUUAGAAAUUUAGAAAUAUAUUACAAAAUUUGACCAAAAAUAAUGCAUGGCAUUUGGAAAUGGCUAACAAACUUUAAAGAAGAAUGAAUUAUUACAAAUAUCAAUAUUCCUGAUUUUGCUCCAAAAGCAAAUAAGCUGUAUAUAGUGACAUGGUUCAUCAAAGAAAUAAGGGUGGGUGUUGUUUCCCAGAAAACACUGAAAGAACAAAAACAGAUUAUCAGUUCUGUUAUUCGACCCUCUAUCCAAACAUUGUUGAACAUGUAAACAUUAAAAUCUCAUUAAUGUAUAAAAAUAAGAGGCACAUGUGGUUGUUUGUCCCACUUUAACUUUUUAUAUCUAGAGCAGCAGCUCUGAAAUUUUUCACAGACACUUUUGAAAUACUGAGACAAAACAGUUGGUUUGCUAUCCCCCCAUAAUAAUUCUUCAGGUACAUCCAAAAAUUAGUGCUACAGUGAGACUGAUCAGGUCUAGGAAGGGCAAGUAAUGGACAGGAAGGCUGUCAAAUAGAUUCUGAUAAAUACACAUGCUUUGUCAGGUAAUUGGCUAGUGUGAUAAUCAGAUAAUGUCUCCCAUAUAUCAACUUUAUAGGAAUGAAUAGAGCAAUGAAAGCAAAUGCAAAGCUAUAAGUAUGUGCAAUAAGCAAUAAGUAACCCUCUCACAAAUGCUGAUGCCAUAAUCCAUUGGUAGUUGUCUCAUUUAUGGCUUCCAUGCUUUGAAUGUUUAUUGAUCUAGUUGCCUUUGGCAUUGUACAUGGUCUCAUAAUUUAAUUUUUGAUUGGUCACUUUUUUAAAUUAAUUACACCAGUCUGCUUAAUGUUUUAUGUCUACAAUAUUUUAUGUGUUUUUCAUGUUGAUUUCAAGUUGCAAUCCGUAUUUACACAUCUGCUCCAGUUUUUCCUGUAAAAGCUUAUACAUGUUUUUGGCAUUUGUGGUCUUUAUUAAAUGUUAAU